CGGCGGCAGCAUGAGCGCAGGCCCGGACCCCGUGGUUAUCGUCUCGGCGGCGCGGACCGCCAUCGGCUCUUUCAAUGGUUCCUUAUCAUCUGUUUCUGUCCAUGACCUGGGAGCAACUGUCAUCAAAGAAGUCCUGAAGAGGGCCAGUGUUGCUCCAGCAGAGGUGUCUGAGGUCAUAUUUGGACAUGUUUUAACAGCAGGUUGUGGACAGAAUCCUGUUCGACAAGCCAGUAUGGGGGCAGGAAUCCCCUACACUGUUCCAGCAUGGAGCUGCCAGAUGAUCUGUGGGUCAGGCCUGAAAGCUGUGUGCCUUGCAGCCCAAUCGGUAGGGCUGGGAGACUCCAGCAUUGUGGUCGCAGGAGGCAUGGAGAGUAUGAGCAAGGCUCCUCACUUGGUUCACUUGAGAACAGGAGUAAAGAUGGGGGAGAUGCCUCUGCUGGACAGCAUACUGUGUGAUGGUCUUACAGAUGCAUUUCACAACUACCACAUGGGGGUUACAGCUGAAAAUGUAGCCAAGAAAUGGCAAGUGAGCAGAGAAGAUCAAGACAAGAUUGCACUUCUGUCCCAGAACAGGACAGAGCACGCCCAGAAAGCGGGCUACUUCGACAAAGAGAUCGUGCCAGUCUUUGUAUCGUCUAGAAAAGGUCUUACUGAAGUUAAAACAGAUGAGUUUCCACGACACGGGAGCAACAUAGAAGCCAUGUCCAAGCUAAAGCCUUUCUUCCUUACAGAUGGAACAGGAACAGUUACCCCAGCAAACGCUUCAGGAAUAAAUGAUGGUGCUGCAGCCGUGGUCCUUAUGAAGAAGUCUGAAGCUGUUAAUCGUGGCCUGACACCUUUAGCAGAGAUAGUUUCCUGGUCACAAGUAGGUGUAGACCCUUCCAUUAUGGGAACAGGACCAAUUCCAGCGAUCAAGCAAGCCGUUGCGAAAGCAGGGUGGUCACUGGAGGAUGUCGAUGUGUUUGAGAUCAAUGAAGCCUUUGCAGCCCUCUCUGUUGCCAUUGCUAAGGAGCUGGGAUUAAAUCCAGAGAAGGUCAACAUUCAAGGAGGGGCCAUAGCCUUGGGUCAUCCCUUGGGAGCAUCUGGAUGCCGAAUCCUCGUGACCCUGUUACACAGCAUGGAGAGAACUGGUGUAAAUCGAGGUGUUGCUGCCCUGUGCAUUGGGGGAGGGAUGGGAAUAGCAAUGUGUGUUCAGAGAGGAUGA